AUGGUUGGUACAGGUGGUCCAGUGGCCAGUUUCUCUGUGUGGGAUUAUGUGGUGUUUGCUGGAACAAUUGUGGGGGCAGCUGGCGUUGGCCUUUUUACGGCCAUCCGAAGCCGUAAGGAGACUAGCAGUGCUGAGUUUCUGCUAGGAGGACGGCAAAUGACAGCUGUGCCAGUUGCCAUGUCGCUCACUGCCAGCUUCAUGUCUGGCAUCACAGUCAUUGGCACACCUGCUGAGGCCUACCGUUUUGGAGCUGCCUUCUGGCUCUUCGGGUUCUCCUACGCCAUCAUGUCUGCCAUCACUGCUGAGAUCUUUGUCCCGCUUUUCUACAGACUGGGCAUCACCAGCGCCUACGAGUACCUGGAGCUGCGCUUCAGCCGGCCCAUUCGGAUAAUUGGAACAUCAAUGUACAUUGUACAGACGGCCUUGUACACUGGUAUGGUCAUCUAUGCUCCAGCUCUCGCACUUAAUCAAAUUACAGGACUUAAUCUGUGGGGAGUGCUGGUGGCUACUGGAGCAGUGUGCAUCGUCUACUGCACUUUGGGUGGUCUGAAAGCAGUAAUAUGGACCGACGUGCUGCAGAUGGUGAUCAUGCUGGUAGGUUUUGUGGCUGUUAUAGCUCGAGGAGCUGUACUGCAGGGAGGCCUGACGAAGAUUUGGGAAGAUGCCGGCAAAGGAGGCCGACUAGAGGCGUUUGAUUUUGACCCAGAUCCUCUGAAGCGUCAUACUUUCUGGAGUAUCGUUAUCGGCGGCAGCAUCAUGUGGACGUCUAUCUACGCAAUCAACCAGUCCCAGGUGCAACGCUACAUCUCCUGCAAAACACUGCGACAAGCCAAGAUGUCUCUGUAUGUAAACAUGGUUGGCUUGUGGGUAACUGUGAGUCUGGCUGUGUUUUCUGGCCUCACCAUGUACUCCAUUUACAAGAACUGUGACCCACUUAAAAACGGUGAUAUAAACAACCCUGACCAGCUGCUGCCCUACCUUGUGAUGGAUAUUCUGGCAAUCUACCCUGGAAUCCCUGGUUUGUUCGUGGCUGCUGCAUACAGUGGCACCCUUAGCACGGUUUCUUCCAGCAUUAAUGCCCUUGUUGCUGUUACUGUGGAAGACUUUAUUUUUCCAGUGUGCAAAAACCUCACAGAGAGACAAGUGUCCUGGAUGAACAUGGGCCUGAGUGUAUUCUUUGGUGCUCUGUGUAUUGGGAUGGCUGGAGUUGCUUCAGUGAUGGGAAGCAUUUUGCAGGCAGCUCUAUCUAUAUUUGGCAUGAUCAGCGGGCCUCUUCUUGGUCUUUACCUUUUAGGCAUGCUAUUCCGCACAACAAAUUCAAUAGGAGGACUUGUUGGAAUGAUUAUUGGUUUGGUGUUGACUCUGUGGGUGGGGAUUGGAGGCCAGAUUUACCCACCAACAGCUGAAAAGACAAAUCCACUUGAAGUCAGCACUGCAGGCUGCAACAGCACAAUGGGACAAAACUACACAACGAUAGCUCCGUGGACCAGUCCAGUGACUCUGACCCCGCAGCCUGAUGUGAGGCCGCCUCUGGCAGACUCCUGGUACUCUCUUUCCUACCUCUACUUCUGUCUUUUGGGUUCACUGACUACAAUAGUGUCUGGCCUUCUGGUGAGCAUGAUCACAGGUGGAUGCAAGCAAGAAAAAAUGAACCCAGAUCUGUUUGUAAAGAAGAGUGACUUGAUCUGCUUCAGCUGGUGUAGCAAGUCAGAGGCAUCAGAUGUCACAGAAAAGGAUGCAGCAGACUUCUAUAUGGGAGCUGAUAACACAGCAUUCAAAAACUUUGACAUGAUGAGUAAAGAUGAUGAAAAAGCGACCAAACUGUAACAAUGCCAUAUCCAUACAUUUUGACAAGUCCCUGUAAAAACACACACUUAACAGACUCAAAUAAAUGAUCCCUCUCAAUCAUCAGUCAUGGUCCACGAGAAGUAUGGCAGUUUCCGUAUCUGCAAAGAUCCUGCCCUCUGCAUGUAUUAUCUCCUUUCUUUUCAUUUUGCUGUAUUUGGGACGUUUCUGAAAGUGCCCUCUCUGACACGAUAAUGGAUGUUAUCUGAGUCAAAGGCUCAGGGAGGUCUGCUAAAUUCUCCUGUCUGGACACAAAUACUAUGUCUAUGCCUAGACUGAAUAUUCCUGCACUUGGCUGAUUAGAUGUCCCUGAGACAGGCAAGAGUUGCCAACUUUGGAUGUUGUGUUUACAAACCACCAAACCAUUUAGAUUUUUCAUUAAGAAAGAACUUGACAACUAGUGAUGAAGCUUGGUAAAAACUUAAACUGAACUUUAAGUGGAUUUAUAUCGAACUCCAACGCUUGCCUAAUUAUGUCACUACUGUACUAAUGUGCUUAAAUAGUAAAAAAAACAAAAACCCCAAAAAACAAGAAACAAACAUUUGAAACAUUAAGUGAUUCAUUUAAUUA